AUGGCUACUAAAGAUACCAAAGCCAAGAGUGCAGUAAAAAAGGUUUCCACAAAGAAGCCAGCUAUACAGAAAAAUGCUUCUUUACCAGAGGCAGUUGCUUCACAACUAGGUAUCAUAAACCUGGAAAAAAUUAUUUGUGACGUUGUUCAGAAGGAAUUGGCUCAGUUAGGAUUUUUAAAUAUAUUGCUGGCAAGAGAGAAAGUUGGCAGAGCUAGUACUAGCAUGGCCAAGAAAAAAGAUAUAGAACUUGACACACAGCCUGAUGAAGAUUUAGAUCUUAUGGAUAUUGAUCUCGUAAGAAUUAAAAACGCCAAAGACCUUAUGGCAGUAAAAGGGAUUGUGAAUGGUUCAAAAAUUCAAACUCUUCUAGAUACCUGUGCUAAUGCUUCUUUUAUGCCAAAGCAAGUUCAGGAAGAAUUGGAUUUAAAAAUCGAUACUAGCAGGAUAUGUAGGCUUACUGGUGCAUCUGGAGAAAGAAGAACACUAGGAAUGGUAAGAAAUUGUUUGGUAAAUCUGGCUCCAGGAUGUGUUAUAGAGGAAGAUUUUGCUGUAGUUGAUAACUAUCCUUAUCGAGAGAUCGCAUUAAGCAGGAACUGUCUUAGACGCUAUAAUUAUGAUAUACAUGAAUCUAGAGAUCAUAUAGCGCUUACCUGCAAUGAAAAAAAUUACUUCAUUCCUAUUGUGCCAGAUAAAAAUAGAUCGAAAAUUGAAGAAAACUAG